AUGACCUCCAAAACCAUGAAUAUCCAUUCUCCAUCAUACAUUCUUGCAAUAUUCAUUGCAAUCACAUCAGUAAGCAACAAUGUCGUCGUUACGGAGGGCAGGAUAGGCAUAAAUUGGGGACGUGCGACCGCGCAACGCCUGAUCCCGUCUGUCGUGGUCGAUCUCCUCUUGCAAAACCACGUCCCGGCCGCUAGGGUUUACUCGUCCGAGGAAGACCUACUCCAGGCGUUUGUCGGGAGCGGCAUCGACCUCAGCAUCACCAUUCCUAAGUGGACAGAUGUUGCAACCUACGACCUCGCCCAAGAUUGGGUCCGCCAGAAGUCUCCCUGGUUCGGACCCUCCAAUGUAACGUGCGUCAUGAUCGGGACCGAAAUAUUCGGCCUGGGGAUGAACGAUACGGAACUCCAGAGGCGGAUGAUCGACGCUUUCAACUACACCCAACUCGCGCUCAACGACGCCGGUUACGGGCACGUCAAGGCCACGUUUCCACACCCUUUAGCCGUACUCGAUGAGUUUAAGAAGCCGUCCGAGGCCGUGAUCAGGGAGUCGGUUCGGACCCAGUUCUUGAGGCACCUCGACAUCGUCCGAGCAAGCGGUGCCCCAGUCAACAUCGAGUUCUUCCCUGUCGAGCUCAUGCGCGUCCUCAACAUCACCGACCUCAGUUUCGCCAUUGCUGAUGGCCGCUCGUCCCAUGCCAUAACCGACAUCGACGGCGCCGUCUACACGGACGUGUUCGAGUUCUCGUAUGACGCGUUCGCGUGGGCACUCGAGAAGCUCGGGUACGGUGAUGUCAAGUUUGUCGUCACCCAAGUCGGGUGGCCCACCGACGGGUUCGUCAAUGCCAACUUCACCACUGCCGAGCGAUUCCUUGGGGCCCUUCUCCCAUUCGUCGCCAGCGGCCGUGGGACCCACAAGCUCCCAGGGAAGCCGAUCGACAUCUACGUGCACGCGCUCACGGACGAGAACCUGAACCCGCCCUUCCUCGCGUACGGGCGCCACUGGGGGAUCUACCGGUCCAACGGUGAGCCCAAGUACCGGGUCGACCUGACGGGCCAGGGCCGGGUUAUGUUCCCAGCCCGAGCCCGCGGGAUCAGGCGAAUGCCCAAACGGUGGUGUGUGCUUGGUCCCAUGGAGGACGAAGACGACAAGAGGGUGGAGGAGGCGUACCAGUUCGCGUGCGCAACAGGGGACUGCACGAGCAUGUACCCGAAGGGAUCGUGCAGUGGGCUCGACAGGUGGCAGAACGUGUCGUACGCGUUCAACAUGUAUUUCCAGGCGUUUUUCCAAGAUGAAGCGGCGUGUAAGUUCGACGGGCUCGGGCAGGUCGUGACCGAGGACCCGUCGACGGUCGGGUGCGUUUUCCCGGUGGAGGUCGUGAAAGGCCAGCAGGAGAAUUUCAAGAAUGCUACCGAGAGUGUGGCCACUGGAAAAGAGAACAGAGCUCGUCGGCUGCCUGGGCUCGACGGAAAUCUCGUGCUUCUGGUUUCGGCGCUUUGGGCAUUGUUAUUACUCCACAGUUAA